AUUUUCAGAAUAAUGUCUCGAAGUCAUCUGAACCUUGGUCGAGUUAAGGUUGGGGAUCUCCGGGAGCUGGGUAGACAGGAGUUACUGGGUAUACUAGACCGGAUAUCCGGUUCCAAGGUUCUGGUCUGGGACGAGUGUCUCAUCGGACCCAUCGGACUUAUCGCUGAAUACUCCGUGCUCAAGGAGCAUGACGUGAUCAAGAUGUUCCCAUUGAACCCCGCCGGACUCCCUGCCUUGAAGGCGGACAAUGUUAUCUUUAUUAUCCGACCAACUGUAUCUAACUGUGAUGUUAUCUCAGCCAAUAUUAGAUUAGAAGAGAGAAGAGGAGGAACAGGGUUAAAAACAGAAUAUCACGCGGUUUUUCUUCCAAAAAAAUCAUUGUUUUGUGAGAAGCGACUUAAGGAGGGUGGAGUAUAUGGUUCUCUAAGUGUAUGUGAACUACCCCUGUAUCUCUAUCCCCUGGAUACUGAUCUACUAAGUAUGGAGCUCCCGGGUACUUUCAGAGAGUUUCAUAUUGAAGGAGAUCCUACUUCAAUACACUACGCUGCUAAGGCACUUACCCAAUUACAGAUGGUUUGUGGCACAAUUCCUAGGAUAUACGGUAAAGGAACAGGGGCAACCCAGUUGUUUGAUCUCAUGGUUCGUAUGAAGAGAGAAAUGACGGGAUACGAAUCUACAAUAAAACCACAGAUUGAUAGCCUUGUGAUACUGGAUAGAUCAAUUGAUCUACUCUCAGUCCUACCAACUCAACUCACUUAUGAAGGUUUAAUUGACGAAUUGUUCGGUAUACAGCAGAGCUCGGUUCGACUUCCAGCGGAGAAAUUCUCUGAAAUGAUUGGAGAAGGUUCCGGAGAUACAGAGCAAAUAUCUCUCUCCUCGUGUGAGGAUCUCUACUCGGAGAUUAGAGGUUUGAACUUCAACGCUGUGGGACCAACCUUGAGCAGGAAAGCUCGAAAUAUUUCGGCACAGUUCGAGGAACGGCAUGAAGCGAAGACGGUUCGAGACAUGAAGAAGUUCGUCCAGAAACUGCCAUCGAUGCAGGCUGCGAAACAAUCCCUAGUGACUCACACCUCUAUUGCUGAACUAGUCAAGGAGAAAAUAGAUAGUGACGAGUUCCUCUCCACCCUAGAGAUAGAACAGGAGAUACUCAGCUACGUAAACUCAGACAGGUUUCGUUUUUAUUCUCUCUCCACCUUAGAGAUAGAACAGGAGAUACUCAGCUACGUGAACUCAGACAGGUAUCUAGAAGCCAUAGAGGAUUUAGCUUGUAAAGAAUAUCCUUUUAGAAAACUACUUAGGCUGAUAGCAAUGCAAAGUUUAGUUAGCUCUGGACUGAAACCUAAACUGCUGGACAUGUAUAAGAAAUUGGUUUUGCAGACCUAUGGUUAUCAACAUCUUCUUACGUUUGAAAACUUAGAAAAGGCGGGAUUGAUAACUCUUAACUCCGGGCAGAAAACCUUUGGAGCUCUCAGAAAACGUCUUAAUCUUAUCUCCGACAUUGUGGAUGAACAGAAUCCGACGGAUAUUGCGUAUGUGCACAGUGUCUACGCUCCUCUGUCUGUUAGGUUGGUUCAACACCUGGAGAAACCUGGCUGGAGAAAUAUACGGGAUGUGCUGGAUAUGCUUCCUGGACCUAGUUUUGAAGAUACUCAGCAAUUGAAUGGAGCAAUCAGAAACCAUCAUAGGACUACAGAACAGGGAAAGAUUGUUUUGGUAAUGUUUGUUGGUGGGUGCACAAUGGCCGAGGUGGCUGCUCUGCGGUUUCUCUCACAACAGGAGGAAAGUAGUGUUGAAUAUCUGAUUGUAACCACAAAUAUAAUUACUGGAACAGGGUUCAUACACUCCCUAGAGACGGAGAUACAAACCCCACUGUUCUGAGCUAAAACCGGAGAUAUU